AUGAGUUCGACCUCCUUCCUCUUCAUCACGGCCGAAAACGCCGACGUCAAGCUCGUGAACCGGCUCCUCUUGACCCUCCGCAACUGGGAGUGCGGCGUCGACUCGGAUUGGGAUACUUUUGUGCUCGUCACGGCGAAAACCAACACCCUUCCCACGGACAUGGAACCCACGCAGCCACCUCUGCCAGAGUUCCGCCGAAACGAAUGGAAGGGCGCGGCUAUCAAAGAUAUCGAAACUGUCGUCCUCGCGACGGACCGCGAGAAGCAGGCGGCGCAUGGCGAAGCCAACUGGCCCAGCAACAACCUAGACCUCUUCCUCGUGCUGGACGAUCAGGGCGCGGCGGACGGCACCAUCGCCUUGUUCCAGCGGGCCAUCGAUGACGACGCCGAGCCGAUCGCCUACCCGGAGCGGUUCAACAAGUUCCGCACGCCGUGGACGAACGCGUACCUGGACUGGUGCAACCUCGACAUCUCCAACAUCGGUUUCCUGGAGAUGUGCGACUGGGACGGCGCCGAUAAGGGCAAAAACGAGGCCGACGGGGUGUGGUGGACGUACAGUAACACCGUGGGGGAACUUACUUCAGAGGAGGACAGGAAAAAGAGAGAUGCGGUGAUUAAGGAGCUGGCAGGCCUGGGGCUGGCGUGA